UGGAGGGAACCAUUCUCCUUUUGCCAUUUUAGAAACAAUGGCAUUCUGGAGAGGAAGCCACACCUCAAUCUACAUACAAAUGAACAGACUUUAGGAGGUUUGACAAUCUACAUACAAAUGAACAGACUUUAGGAGGUUUGAUGGGAACUGCCCUCCUACAAUUGAAAGUUCUUAGUUUGAUGGUUCCCUACUCUCCUGGUGGUCACUCUAGAGAGACAGAGGAUAACAUGCAGCAGGUCUUUUACAUCAUAGCGGAGAAGUAUGCUGAGGAAGACUGGAGAAAGAAGGAACGUGUUGAAGCAGUUAAUAUGGCUGAAGGAAUUAUUCACGACACAGAAACCAAGAUGGAAGAAUUCAAGGACCAGUUGCCUGCUGAUGAGUGCAACAAGCUAAAGGAAGAGAUUUCCAAAAUGAGAGAACUCCUUGUUCGAAAGGACAGUGAAAAAGGAGAAAGCAUUAGGCAGGCAGCAUCUUCCUGUCUGCAGGCAUCAUUGAAACUCUUCGAAAUGGCAUAUAAAAAGAUGGCAUCUGAACAGGAAGGUUCUGGAAGUUCUGGCACUGUGGAACAGAACGAAGAUCAGAAGGAAGAGAAACUAAUAGUGGCAGUGCAUUGUGGGGAGAAAGAGUAAUAGUGGCAGUGCGCUGUAGAGCCAGAAGGACGACAUACUAUGAAGCUUGGGAGUAAAGAGACUUUCCAAGCAGGAAAGGGGCAGACGUCUCUCUUUUUAUUAUAUUUUUGCAGUAUUCUAUAUAUAAUUUCCUUAAUAUAUAAAUUUAGUGACAAUUGCUAGCUCAUUUAAUGGGUAAUAAAGUCAGCAAUAGCAGAUUCA